GGGGCCCUGCGUCUGGAAGGGAGAGCAGAGCGGGCCUCUCCUCCGACGGAGCCUGACAGGGCAGGGCACCUCCGGCGGCAAGAGCUGCCCACUCUGGCACCAUGAGCACCACCACCAGCCCAGAAGCUGCCUCCAAACCAAGUGCCAAGUCCAUUUAUGAACAGCGGAAGCGGUACUCCACUAUGGUGAUGGCGGACGUGUCCCAAUAUCUAGUGAAUCACCUGGUAACGUUCUGCCUGGGUGAGGAGGAUGGGGUGCACACCGUGGAGGACGCCUCGCGCAAGCUGGCCGUCAUGGACAGCCAGGGCCGCGUCUGGGCCCAGGAGAUGCUGCUGCGCAUAUCUCCCGACCACGUCACGCUGCUCGACCCCGUCUCCAAGGAGCAGCUGGAGUCGUACCCACUGGGCGCCAUCGUGCGCUGCGACGUAGUGAUGCCGCCGGGCCGGAACCGCUCGCUGCUGCUGCUGGUGUGCCAGGAGCCCGAGCGCUUGCAGCCCGACGUGCACUUCUUCCAGGGCCUCCGUCUCGGGGCGGAGCUGAUCCACGAGGACAUCCAGGGGGCUCUGCACAGCUACCGCUCUGGCCGAGGGGAUCGCAGGGCAGCGGCGCUCAGGGCCACGCAGGAGGAGCUGCUGCGCCGCCCGUCACCCACCCCUGAGACCCCACCCCUGCAGCGCCGCCCGUCGGUCCGCGCCUCCCUCAGCCCGGCCGAGGCGCCCACAGGCCACGGGGGACCCCAGACGGAGCCCAUCCCCGAGGCAGACGCGGCGCCGAGGCCAGGCCGGGCGGAGAUCCUCAGGAGCGCUGACCCGGCCUCCCCGGACUUGGGUCCCCGCAACCCGGAGCUGGUCACUCUGCAGGCAGAAAGGGACGUGGACAUCCUGAACCACGUGUUCGACGACGUGGAGAGCUUCGUAUCAAAGCUUCAGAAGUCUGCGGAGGCGGCCCGGGUGCUGGAGCACCGGGAGCGCGGCCGCAGAGCCCGGCGCCGGGAGGCCGGGGACGGCCUCCUGACACUGCGGGCUAAGCCGCCCAGCGAGGCCGAGUACACCGACGUGCUUCAGAAAAUCAAGUACGCCUUCAGCCUGCUGGCGCGGCUGCGCGGCAACAUCGCCAACCCCUCCUCCCCAGAGCUGCUGCACUUCCUCUUCGGACCUCUGCACGUGAUUGUGGAGAUGUCGGGCGGACCCCAGCUCGCGAGCGGCGUGCGGCGGCCGCACCUGACGUCCGAGGCCGUGGCGCUGCUGCGGGACAACGUCACCCCAAGUGAAAACGUGCUCUGGACCUCGCUGGGGGACUCGUGGACCCGCCCGGGGCUGGAGUUGCCCCCGGAGGAGGGACCCCCAUACAUCCCCGAGUUCUACAGCGGCUGGGAGCCCCCGGCCACUGACCCCCAGGGCCGCCCCUGGGAGGACCCAGUAGAGAAGCAGCUACAGCACGAGAGGCGGCGCAACCAGCAAAGCGCCCCCCAGAUCGCUGUCAAUGGUCACCAAGAUCCGGAACCAGAAGCUGAGCCCCAGCCGGAGCCAGAGCCGGAGGCAGCGGGGAAGUGGGUCCUAUGUAAUUAUGACUUCCAGGCCCGCAACAGCAGCGAGCUAUCCGUCAAGCAUCGGGACGUGUUGGAGGUCCUGGAUGACAAACGCAAAUGGUGGAAGGUUCGGGACCAGCGGGGGCAGGAAGGAUAUGUACCUUAUAAUAUCCUGACACCCCACCCAGGGCCCCAGAGGGACCGCAGCCAGAGCCCUGCCCGCAUUCUGCAGAAUAGCACGCCCCCUCCUCCACCGGCCCCGGCCCCAGCUGUGGCUCCUGCGCCUGCUCGGCCCCACUGGGACAGCUGCGACAACCUCAACAACUUGGACCCCAGCGAGAAGGAGAAAUUCUGCCAGAUGGUCAGUGUCAACGAGGAGCUGCAGGCGCGUCUAGCCCAGGGCCGCUCGGCCCCCAGCCGCACAGCCCCGGGGCCCCGCGCCCCGGAGCCGCAGCUCAGCACACGCUCUAACGCCUCGGAGGUCCGCGCCUGGCUGCAGGCCAAGGGCUUUAGCUCCGGGACCGUGGAGGCGCUGGGCGUGCUGACAGGCGCGCAGAUCUUCUCGCUACAGAAGGUGGAGUUCCAGGCGGUGAGCCCGGAGGAGGGCUCCCGUGUGUACAGCCAGGUCAUGGUGCAGCGCGCGCUGCUGAAGGACAAAGAGGAAGUGUCAGAGCUGGAAGCAGUGAUGGAGAAGCAAAAGAAGAAAGUGGAAAGCGAGAUACAAACAGAGGUCCUUUGACCUUUCCUGGCCCUCCGCUGUGUCCAGACAGCGGGUUUCCCUGCGCCCCGUGGGAAAACGGACUCUGCAGACCCUCCACCAAGGGAAGUGGACCCCCCUCGAAGGAUCGCGGACCUGGUCCUUCCCCGUCCAGGUGGAUGAAACGGACCAUUCUUGCUGGAGUCUGAGCCAGCGCUCUCAGACUGGCGGGGAGCGGGAGGGGAGCAGGGCUGAGAGACAGUUAGGGACUGCGCUCGCAGGGCAUCACAG